CUGGAUCAAAUAUAUAAAAUUUUGACUGUCCCACACCCCAGUAUAGUGAGCUGACUCUUUAAUGUAAUGAUCCCAGGCCGCAAUUCUCAAAGGAAGUUCUAGAAGCAACGACCUAUCUUCCAUCUACAAUGAAUAUUUCAGAAUCAAACUCCUUCAGCCCGAGCACAGCCUGUCUCUAGCCAUACUAUAUAACUCAAUAUUAUCUCAUUACUUCGAAAGAUAUUUCCCUCGUGUAUUCAGAACUGACUUGAAAACAUAAUGUGCUAUUAUCUAGGAAAACGUUGGGAAUCCUGCCCCGAUGGCUAUCGCGAGUGUCGCUGCGUGUUUCCUUGCACGUACGGCACUGUAAUGCAUCCUUGUAGAGUGUCUUCCUACCAUUUCGUCUACUUACAAUCGUUGGACGAGUGUCCUUGUCCAAACUGCAGGUUUCAGAGUUACCAGAGGACCCGUUCCACCAGUAGCCCGAAUGAUCUAAAUAGCGAUUCUGGAUCAAGCGAAACUGAGGUUGGAAGUGGAGGUUAUGGGGGUGCAGAUAGCCAAGGCGCUGGUCGUAGGGGCGGAACCGCAAGGCGUGGAGUUGGAAGGGGUGGAACUGGAAGGGGUGGGGGCCAUGCCGGUAGACGCUCAUCUAAUCAAACCAGACAGAAUUCAAGAGAUUUUGACCGACACGACGAUGGCAAUGGGGGACAGACCAGCGGAUCCCACGCAGCUCCCACGGUCCAGGGUCCUAGCAGGCAAAUCAACGGCACUCAAAGCAGACGGGGUACUAGGGGGUUGUUCGAUUUGUAA